AUGCAUUUUACGAGACUUUUGCUCCUUCUUGGAGCGCCGUCCGUCUUAGCCAAAUGCAGAUGUACCCCAACCGAUGACUGCUGGCCCUCAGCUUCCAAGUGGGAGGGUCUCAACAACGCCGUUCACGGACAACUAAUCGCCAACGAACCUCUUGCCAAAUCCUGUUACGAUGGGCUUGGCAAGAAUUCCAAACAGUGUCAGAGCAUCAGCAAAGUCUACCAGGAAGCUUUCUUCCGGGAGGCAUCUCCCAUUGGAUUCGCAUAUCCCGUUGUUGACACCUGCGCCCCGAUAAAUGCCUCCAUAGCUGGAAGCACAGUGUGUGAUUUGGGUAGCGCGUCCGUCUACAGUGUCAAUGCAACCAAGGAAGCCGACGUUGCAGCUGGUAUCAAAUUUGCCAAGGAAAACAAUGUCCGACUGGUGAUUAAGAACACUGGUCAUGAUGUCAGGGCACGAUCCCAAGGAUACGGCAGUCUGUCGAUCUGGAUGAAGCAUAUUAAGCCUGAGCUUCAGUUCCAAGAGAAGUAUGGGCCGUCCAACUCUUCAUGCCAGUCAACCUGGACCGGGAGUGCAAUUGUUGUGGGAGCCGGAUAUAUCUGGAACGAAGUAUACACCUUUGCGGCCAAACAUAACCACAUUGCUGUUGGUGGUUCGUCCAAGACUGUCGGUGCUGUCGGAGGCUACCUUCAAGGAGGUGGACAUGGUCCCGCUAGCCAUGACUUCGGAUUGGCAGCAGACCAGGUGCUCGAAUUCAAGGUUGUGCUCGCGUCGGGUGAAGUUGUCACCGCUAGUGCAUGCGAGCACGUAGAACUCUUCACAGCCCUCCGCGGCGGCGGUGGCGGCACGUUUGGUGUUGUAGUGUCGGCCACUAUCAAAGUAUACCCUACGCGUCCCGUUCUGAAGCAUUCAUUAACUAUCGCGGCAUCGAGCACUAACAUGUCCGCUCUAAUUAAUGCCUCCGUGUCAGUUCUCUCUAAAUACCCCUUCCUCUCGGACGCGGGCUUCUCUGGAAAUGGACAGCUUAAUCGAGUGCUUGGAACGAAAUCUGCCUACAGUCAUAAUUUCGUGAAGAUGCUCUCAAGAAAUUUCUCUUCUUCCAACUCGUCUUCCGAAAUUGAAGAGGCAAAGAGGGUCAUAAACACGCAGUUGGUUGAAUUCCUCCGACCACUCAACGGGACCGAACUCUCUGUUAUCUCAACUUUUGAGAAGUAUGAUACGUUCCAGGAUUACUUCGACAGUGGAAAUCACGAGUCACCAGCAUCAAACAAUCCCAGUCCUGUCAUGAUAUCGCGAUUUUUCGAUAAGGAGUCGCUGGUCAACAACCAGAAGAACCUCACCGCCAUGUUCCACGCAAUCUUCCCUCAGAGAGUCUCUAAGGUUCAGGCCGUGGCAUCCUUGCUGGAGUUCUGUCUCGUCGGUGGUGGAAAAGUCCUACAAGCCCAGCCGCAUACGGCUGUCCACCCCGGCUGGCGGAAGACAUAUAUGUUCGCAGAGAAUUAUGAUGUGCCACCAUCUGAUAGCGGGAUGCAAGGAGUGCGACAGGUCAGGGACUACGCCACAUCGAAGAAACUUGAGGCGAUGAAGGCAGCGGCUCCUGGCCUGGGCACAUAUUUGAAUGAAGCCGAUCCGUAUGACCCGGACUGGAAACAAGACUUCUAUGGAGAUCAAUACAACUGGUUAAAAUCGGUCAAGCAAAAGUAUGAUCCCGAUGAGGUGUUCUGGUGCUACCGUUGCGUUGGCUAUGAGGGCUGGGAGGAGAUCACAGGCCCAACACUUUACGGGCCCCUGUGCCAGACGAAAUAA